CUGGCUUGAUCUCCGCUGCCGGGGCUGCAGGCUGAUAUUAUAACUCGUCUAGCCUUUCUGCCUGCCUCACUGCCUGCCUUUCUGCCUGCCUGCCUGCCUGCCUGCCCCGUGCUGCAAACCAGAUGCUGGGCAGGCAGCCCCAUCAGACCGAGAGGAGACUGAGCCUGAGCCAGUGCCAGACCCAGCCAGAAGCCAGAGAAGGAGAGGCAAGCAGAGAGAACGGAAAGAGAGAGAGCAGAGAGGAACACACCAAGAAGGAAGGAGAGAGUUCUUGUGGAGAGUUAGUUCAAGUGGGUUUUAAAGCCUUGUAUACUACGCAGAGGGCAAAGUUACUGUAACUGCUGCUGCCGCCGCUGCUGCUUCUUGUGGGAACUUGAGCUACCAUGGCCGUGCAGAAUGGAGUGUAACUUGGACUUUUACAAACACUUUGCCUGGCUGAAGAAGGUGAACCUGCAGUCCUUGGGGAACAAUGAGAGCUAUCAAGAACGCCUGGCUCGAUUAGAGGGGGACAAAGAGUCACUCGUACUCCAGGUGAGUGUGUUGACGGACCAGGUGGAGGCGCAGGGGGAGAAGAUCCGAGACCUGGAGAGCUCCCUGGAGGAGCACCAGCACAAGCUCAACAACACUGAGGAGAUGCUGCAACAGGAGCUCCUGAGCAGGACCUCUCUGGAGACCCAGAAGCUGGAUCUGAUGGAUGAGGUGUCCUACCUGAAACUCAAGCUGUCCGGCAUGGAGAAGCAGAACCACAGCUUGAGCGUGGAGCGCCAACACAAAGCCGAGAGUGUAGUGAAUCUGAUUAGCGAGCUGCAGGAGCAGAUGUGUAGGAUCCAGCAGGAGCUCACCAGUAAAGGGAAAAAGAGGAAAGAGCCUGGCGAGAGGGAGGCCGAGGCCCAGGCUGAGGCCGAGGCUGAGGUUGGGGAGGGCUGUGGCGGUAGCAGCCCAGUGGAGGCGCACGCCCGUGGGCCGGUGGAGGCCACGAGGAGUGCCAACGUGGCUCCUGGCCCUGAAGCUGCUGCAGAUGCAGAGCAGAACUGCCACUGUGGAGGAGAGAGUGGCCUUCUGCAUGAGCUGAGGAUUCUGAAGGAUAAGGUGGACGAGCUGGAGGAUGAGAAGAUGCAGUACGAGAGGAAACUCAAAGCCACUAAGGUGGAGAUCUCCAACCUUCAGCAGCUUCUGAUGGCCAAGAACGCUGAGAUCGAGGGCUUGCAGGCUCAGCUGCUUGCCAGAUCGCCCGUGUCCAUGGACAGCGCAGAGCGAGAGGAGAUAUACAGGAGACGACUCAACAACAAACAUCAAGAGCUGCAGAGGUUGCGAUCAGGAAUGGAGUCGCUUCUUGCAGCCAAUGAUGAAAAGGAUAGGCGAAUCGAGGAGCUCACCAUCCUGUUGAGCCAAUGCAGACAGUUCAGAGAGCCCUCGGCCGGUCUCCCAGCCCCCAGGGAGCGCGCCCUGACAGGAUGCAGCGAGGACGGACGCAUGAACGGGGACGUCAGGCUGAGGGCGCUCUCCUUGAAGACCUACUCGGAGUCUUCAAGUGGCUCCUCUCCCGUUCUCCCGUCCCCGCUGUCCAACCAGAGAGAGGCUGAAUCCAGGUCUCAGCCAAGACUGAUAUCAUCUAGUCUGGAAGAUUUGCAGAAUGGCUCUGCCAAGCAAUCACCAUCAGUAGAACCUGUAUUAUCAACAGAGGAGGUUCGAGCCGCGCAGAACAAGAGUCAGACGCUGCCGGGGAAGCUGUCUCUGACUGAGCAGAACCGAGAGAGCGAGGGCAGCGACAUCUCGGCUCAGAAGUCUCCUGACGAGAGUGAGGACGGAGACUUCAGCCUAAGCAAACAAGACUUCUUCGGGAUGGGGAAAAGUGAUAAAUCGGAGGACAACACGUCUUCAGACAUCUCCCCCAUGUCCUCUGGAGCGGACUCCGGACAGCAGUCUCCUGUAUCCCAGGAAAACGUCAAGAACAAAAGCAUCCGGAAAAUAUGGGGAAAGAUCAGGAGGACCCAGUCGGGUGGGUUGAAUGGUGUUGACCUGGAACCCAAUGAGUUCCGAAGGGGAGGGCUGAGGGCCACAGCUGGCCCACGUCUGGCUCGCACUCCAGACUCUGCCAGCGCAGUCCGUGACAAGAACACACCCUUUUCCAAGUGGACCAAAGAGCAAGUAUGUGGUUGGCUGGAGGACUAUGGUCUGGGCCAGUAUGUGAACCUCACCAGGCAGUGGGUGGAAAAUGGACAAACCCUCCUCUCAGCCACCCCUCAGGAGAUGGAGAAGGAAAUGGGCAUCAAGCACCCGCUGCAUAGGAAGAAGCUACAGCUGGCCCUGCGCUCCUACAGCAACAAGGUCAUGGAGAAGUCCUCCGAACUUGAUCACAUCUGGGUCACAAGGUGGCUGGAUGAUAUUGGCUUACCUCAGUAUAAAGACCAGUUCCAUGAAGCCCGAGUGGAUGGAAGAAUGCUACAGUACCUGACAGUGAACGACCUUUUGUUUCUGAAGGUCACCAGUCAGCUGCAUCACCUCAGCAUCAAGUGUGCCAUCCACGUCCUCCACGUCAACAAGUUCAACCCUUCCUGCCUGAGGCGGCGCCCGGGCGAUGAGGUGAGCGUGUUGAGUAACACGUCUCCCUCAGAGGUGGUGCAGUGGUCCAACCACCGUGUGAUGGAGUGGCUACGCUCUGUAGACCUGGCGGAAUACGCACCCAACCUCAGGGGCAGUGGAGUACACGGGGGACUAAUCAUCCUGGAGCCGCGGUUCAGCUCGGAGACCCUGGCCAUGCUGCUGAACAUCCCCCCUCAGAAGACCCUGCUGAGGCGCCACCUGGCCACCAACUUCUCAGCGCUGGUGGGCACCCAGGCCCAGCAGGAGAAGAGGGAGUACGCCAACGCCACGGGCCACACACCGCUCACCACCACCGCCAAAGUCAGGCCAAAGAAGCUGGGAUUCACACACUUCAGCCACCUGCGGAAGAGGCGGCAGGACGACUCUGCGGACUACAUCUGCCCCAUAGACACGUCCGGCUCCUCGCCCUCGCUCAAUGGCUCCCCCCUCAGGCCGUACGGGAGUUUCAGGGGCCUCAGCCCCGUGCUGGACAGAGACUCGCCCAGACUGGAGCAGGUUGGAUCUCGUUGCUGAUCACCCCCACCCUCAGCCCUCGCCCACCCCCUGCCGUAGCCAAUAACGCUGAGCUUAUGCCCAUAAAAAGCCCACCGCACACUGGCUCUGAUUGACAAAGUGCAGAGCAGUCAGUGCUCGGCCAAUGUUUAAUUCCAUUGUUUUCAAAUACUGUAUCACACCCGCACAUUGGCGGCGAUGUUGGUGGUCGAUUAUGAUUGACGUCUAUUUUUGUCAGAGCCGCUCUUUAAAACCCAUGGUUGAAUCCACCCAUUACUGUGGCUGUUAGCUACAUUACGUGAGUCAUCAGUGUGCAAAGGUAACUGAAGUUGUCGGAUCAGACAUUGCUCCACAGUGCUGUCGAAACCGGUGUGCACAGGCCUUAAACUGCCCCCCCCCCAUCUUCACAAACUCAUGGCACGGACUUUGAGUUGCCAUGAUUUCUCCGUGCUCUGCAACAAUCAGGGUGCUAACCUGGGAAGCCUGAUUGACCUUUGGUGAAGAUGAUUUCCACAGCGGUUAUGUGGAUGGAAGGAAAGAGACUCAAAUCAAAUGAACUUCUUGUGGGAGAUGAUUUUGAUCCAUGAUAUGGCCAGAUAUCUCUUAAUAAUUUGUGAAUCGUGUCUCUUGUUUGAAUAAUAACCUUCAUGUCAUUAAUGUUUUGAUUGAUUGGGAUUGUUUCGAUGCUUUAAGCGGUCGGGUUAAGCAAAUGACUCUACUGAGUAGGCUAUGCUGAAGAAAUGACCUAGAGCCUGAUCUUACCAUUCAUUCAGUCUAAUUACAUUCUAGAGAGUCUGGAACGGAUGAAUUAAAAUAUGAUUACUGGUGGGAGGCGUGAAGCAUGUUGAAGUUCGAAAUGUGCAUUUGAUUGAUCAAAUUGCUAACAUUUGAACAUGACGUGAAAUGUGUAGUUGAUGUGUAGUUGGCCAUGUUGUUUGGCGACAUGAGUAAUCUCCUCCCAGAAGAUCCAUCCCAGACAUAACGUGGAGGGAGAUGUGAAUUGACUGGAGGUUUAAGGAUGGCAAGGACAGGCUAAUGGUUGCAUUCCUUCUGCUAACAGUACUCCCCAUGACCCGCUAAUAUCUGUGCAUCAUUACUAUGCUCUCCAGCAUCCUCUCUUUAGCCUAAUUAAAGUACGCUACCUGUAACAAAUCCAUUUUCUCCGCUGCUUUGCUUUUCAGACUCCUCUUUGGGGUAAUUGGAUCAUUGCUCAACAAACAAAGGAGAGAAGGAGUCGUUUCAUUAGUUUAGAUUAGGAGAGCAAACAGGUUUCAGAGGCAAACAGGUGUUGGUAAUCGCUAAAGUGCAUUAUGAAAGAUUUGUGCAAUUUAUUUUCUGUGUUAGCUGUCAGAAAGGAUGAUAAUUUCUUUUUGUUUUAAGUGCAUCAUUGCAUCCAAAAAUGAAGACUUAUUCAAUGAAGUACUUUGUACAUUAUUCAAAAUACUUUGUUCAAUUGAACACCAAUGAUGCUGAAGUCAGUGUAAGCUAUUUGAAUCUCACUUAUUGUCAUGCUGGUUCCACACACUUCUUAAACAGAGAGUAGAUGUGACAACAUCAUCUUUAGCAACAUUCCUUUUCAUUAUGGAGGUAUGAGUAGGCAGAUAAUAUAACAGAGAAGGUGUGUUGGUGUGUCAUGAUCCAUGACAGUGCUACCAUUGUUGAAACCAGUGUAGUGUUUUUGUUUCUACCUGCUUUUUUGAGUGAUCAAAUUUUACGGCAACAGAGCGUUUGUACAGUACAGACACCUGUGUUUUUUUUGGUCUUUCAGUGUAGAGAGACAACACUGUGAGAGUCCACCUGGGAGAGACAGCAGCAGUCCAUUGGCUGAAUCAACAGGUACUUUACUUAGAGUGAUGUAAAAUCUACAGUGCACUACCAAAUGAUGUCAUCAACAACUUUUCAAGGAAUUCGUGUAACUUAUUAGUACAUGUGAUUAUUGUACAAUUGCUCAUCAAAUAAUCCAGGGUUGAAAUACUGAAAUGUAUACCAAUGAAGUGAUUUUGGUGUAUUAUUGUUUACCAGUGCCAUUUUCUCUUCUCUGCUGCCCCCUGCUGUGCAUACAAAGAACUGAAUUCAAUUAGGCUUGAGCAAUGAAAUCAAUACAUCAUCACAUAAUAAAAGAACCAAAGUCCUUACAUGACACCCCAAGAACACGAUGAACCCAUUCAUGCGAAAAAUGCUGAAAUGAUUAUUCUCUUUUUUUUGUCAAAGGACAGAAACCCAUAAUUUCACGGCUAUUUAUUUUUGCUGUCCAUUUAACUAGCCAACAGGCAGUCCUUGCCAAUGACGCAGGGUUUCCAGUUCAGACUAUUCAUUUCUUUUGGCAUAACAUAUCAUAUGAAAAAAUCAAGAUGAGUUGUCUGUCUCUGCCAUUAAAAGCAAAUGCAGUGUCUUGCAAACCAGUUCAUAUGCUGGAGAACUGAAAGGGUAGCUAGAGUGUUUAAGGAUCAUUCGCUGUGUGAUCUCCAACAAAAUUGUCAUGAAAUUUGAUAAGGUUGGUGCUACUGUUUGUGUUAAGUGGACCCUCUUCAUAAAAUGACUGUUAAAGUGGAGAGUGAAAAGUAACCACUUAAAAAGAGCUCUAGCUGUUUGAGUUAUUAUAAAAUGUUUCUAUUCCCUCCCCCCCUCUCUUUCAUUUUGUUCUGUCUUUCUGCUUUCUGUCUCACAAUCCACUUUUCUUUUCACUCCAUUUAUUAUCCAUUAUUCCAACCUCUCUCAUACCCGCCUCCACUCAUUUUCUCUUUUGCUUUGUUUCUUUCUAUCCCUCUCCCUCAUUCUCAUUCCCUUCCUUUCUUGUCUCUACCCCCCC